UUUAGGACCUGAGACGUGUGCAGGCUUUUCCAGCCAAAAUGAAGUUUAAUCCCUUUGUGACUUCCGACCGAAGCAAGAAUCGCAAAAGGCAUUUCAAUGCACCUUCCCACAUUCAAAGGAAGAUUAUGUCUUCCCCUCUUUCCAAAGAGCUGAGACAGAAGUACAACGUGCAAUCCAUGCCCAUCCGAAAGGAUGAUGAAGUUCAGGUUGUACAAGGACACUAUAAAGGUCAGCAAAUUGGCAAAGUAGUCCAGGUUUACAGGAAGAAAUAUGUUAUCUACAUUGAACGGGUGCAGCGGGAAAAGGCUAAUGGCACAACUGUCCACGUAGGCGUUCACCCCAGCAAGGUGGUUAUCACUAGGCUAAAACUGGACAAAGACCGCAAAAAGAUCCUUGAACGGAAAGCCAAAUCUCGCCAAGUAGGAAAGGAAAAGGGCAAAUACAAGGAAGAAACAAUUGAGAAGAUGCAGGAAUAAAGUAAUCUUAUAUACGAGCUUUGAUUAAAACUUGAAACAAAGAAAAAAAAGAAUUUUAUAGCU